AUGGCGCGCUGCUCCCCGCCGCUGCUGCGCCGCUUCUUCUGCUGCGCCGCCAAAUCCGCCUCGGCCACAUCCGCCGCCGCCGGCACCAAGAAGAAGAACAUCGUCUUCUUGGGAUCUCCCCAGGUCGCUGCCUCGGUCCUGGACACGUUGUUGGCCGCGUCCAGCUCCCCCGACUCCGCAUUCCAGGUCGCUGCCGUCGUGACACAGCCGCCGGCCGCCAAGAACAGGGGGAGGAAGCUGUUGCCGUCGGCCGUCGCGCAGCUCGCGCUCGAGCGAGGGUUCCCUGGCGACCUCAUCUUCACCCCCGAGCGCGCUGGGGAGGAGUCCUUUCUGUCUGACUUGAAGGGGGUGAGACCAGAACUUUGCAUCACUGCUGCUUACGGGAACAUUUUGCCACAGAGGUUUCUUGAUAUCCCACCAUGUGCAGGUACAGUUAAUAUACACCCAAGUUUGUUGCCUCUAUAUCGCGGUGCAGCUCCUGUGCAGAGGGCAUUGCAGGAUGGUGUUGCAGAAACAGGUGUUUCCCUUGCAUAUACUGUCCGUGCCUUGGAUGCAGGUCCAGUGAUUGCUUGCGAAAGGUUUUCUGUCGAUGAAUGCAUCAAGGCACCAGAGCUGCUUGCUAUACUAUUCAAUAUAGGGUCCAAGCUACUGCUGGAUGAACUACCAUCCGUUCUUGAUGGUUCAGCUAAGCAAAAGGCAAAGCCACAAGAUGACUCCAAAGCUACACUGGCGCCCAAGAUGAAUUCGGACGAGUCCUGGCUGACAUUUGACGAAGAAGCUAAAGUUCUCCAUAACAAGGUGCGAGCAUUUGCAGGAUGGCCAGGAACCCGCGCAAAAUUGCAACUUCUGAACCAAAAUGGCGAAGCCGAUAUUCUAGACAUCAAGGUUAUCAGUACAAAUGUUUCCACGUCCUGUGACAAAGUCGGAGACGAAAAUGAAAUACUAUUCUCAGGGAACUCGCUGCUCGUUCCUUGCAGUGGGUCAACUUGGCUUGAGGUCUUGGAGCUUCAGCUACCUGGAAAGAAGGUAACCACGGCUCGGGACUUCUGGAAUGGUUUGCGUGGUCAGAAGCUAUUAAAAUCAACAUAA